CGGGCGCCUGAGCGAGCCCGGCAGCCGGCCACCGGGGCCAUGGCCAGCACCGCCGUGCAGCUGCUGGGCUUCCUGCUCAGCUUCCUGGGCCUGGUGGGCACGCUGAUCACCACCAUCCUGCCGCACUGGCGCCGCACGGCGCACGUGGGCACCAACAUCCUGACGGCCGUGUCCUACCUGAAGGGGCUGUGGAUGGAGUGCGUGUGGCACAGCACGGGCAUCUACCAGUGCCAGAUCUACCGCUCGCUGCUGGCGCUGCCCCGCGACCUGCAGGCGGCGCGCGCGCUCAUGGUCAUCUCCUGCCUGCUCUCGGGCGUGGCCUGCGCCUGCGCCGUGGUGGGCAUGAAGUGCACGCGCUGCGCCAAGGGCACGCCCGCCAAGACCACGUUCGCCGCGCUGGGCGGCGCGCUCUUCAUCCUGGCCGGCCUGCUCUGCCUGGUGGCGGUGUCCUGGACCACCAACGACGUGGUGCAGAACUUCUACAACCCGCUGCUGCCCAGCGGCAUGAAGUUCGAGAUCGGGCAGGCCCUGUACCUCGGCUUCAUCUCCUCGUCCCUGUCGCUCAUCGGCGGCACGCUGCUCUGCCUGUCCUGCCAGGACGAGGGGCCCUCCAGGCCCUACCAGGUCCAGCCCAGGGCCGCGACGGCCACCGCGCCCGCCUACCGGCCCCCCGCCGCCUUCAAGGACAACCGGGCCCCCUCGGCCACCUCGGCCUCGCUCAGCGGGUACAGACUGAACGACUAUGUGUGAGUCCCCGGGGCCCGUCCCUCCCCGAGUCCACAGCGGCACCAGGACCCAGACUGGCUCCGAUGCAGGGUCCCGGCACAGAGUUUACUUCCGGGCUACUUUUUUGUCCAGAGGAAUUAAUAUGAGUAUGAGGGAGUGGGCUGAGAACACAGGGAAGGAAGGGAAAAUAGGAGAGGGGAG